GCUUUUAUUUUCUUGAUCUUGUUUUGGAUUAAAUUAAAGUAAUUAUUCAUCGAGGCAAGUCAUAAUACUUCUCUAAGCAUAAGCAAUUGCAGGUGCAAAAGGAGUUGCCAAGUAACUACCCUUAUCUCUUUAACUGUAAUUUAAAAUAGCAGAGCAGAAACCAUAACAGUCCUCUCACUUGACAAAAGCUGAAAAAACUUGGCUUAGCUACAGCAACCAUUAAUUUAUUAUGUCUUCGCUUCACCUUCAACCUUCAUUUUUUCCUUUCAUCCAGAAACCCACUACCACUAGUCUUUUACCCUCUAAAACCUCUUUCUUCAAAGUCUCAUUCUCUCUUAAUCCGUCCAACGCUGAAUCUUCUCAAAACCCACCAGAAUCCACUCCUGAACCUGACCCGGAUCCUGUGAAGCUCGCUUUUGAGAAAGCUAAAGCAUAUAAGAAAACAAUUGAAGAGACCAAGAAAGCGAAACUUGAGCAAAACCCAGUUGAGGGUUCUGCUGGGAAUAAUGGGAAAGAUAAGGAAGUCCCGGUUUCGGUUAAGGUUGCCAUGGAGAAAGCCAGGGAAUACAAGAAGAAUCAAGUGGUUGGCACAAAGGGUGCUACAGAAAGUGAAAUGAGUUCAGGAUUAAAGGCAAGGAGUGAGGGAAAUUUACAAAGGGGAUCAAUAGAGAAAACUGCCACUAAAAAGGACAAAUUAUCAAUUUCAAGCAUUGAUUUCAUGGGACUCAACUUUGCGGAUAAGAAAACUGGAAGGGGGUUGCCAGCUGGAUUGGCCCCAGUCAUAGACCCUUUUCCAGAAGGGAACUUGCCUGAAGUGGAGAUAAUUGUUGGAGACACAGACAACUUUGAUGACCCAACAACAUCAAUGCCUAAGCCUAGCCAAGAUGAAAGUUCAGAUGUUUAUAAGCCCAAGGUUUCUACUUGGGGUGUGUUUCCUAGACCUGGAAACAUUUCCAAGACGUUUGGUGGUGGAAGAACCAUUCGCCCUGGAGAUGUGCUUGAAACAGCAGAAGAACGGGCUGCCAAAGAUGAUCGCACAAAACAAUUACUUGCAGCCUAUAGGAAGAAAAUGGGCUUAAGUAUUGAUCCAAAGAUAAAAUUCGAGUGUGAGAAGGCCUUGAAGGAUGGUGACUCCUUGAUGGAUUCUGGAAAACUUAAAGAAGCAGUACCCUAUUACCAGAAGGUUAUUGAUAAGUUGCCAUUUCAGAGUGAACUUCAUGGAUUAGCUGCUUUGCAAUGGUCUAUCUGUCAAGAUUCACUUAGCAGGCAAAAUGAAGCUCAGGCCAUGUAUGAGAAACUGCAGUCUCACCCAAAUGCUAAAGUGAGCAAGAAAGCGAGACAAUUUAUGUUCAGUUUUCAGGCUAUGGAAAUGCUGAAGGUUACAGGGUCAAGUUUCUUACCAGAAAGCACAGGAUAUCAGAACUAUUUUGAGGCGUUCGUUGAAGACAAAACCAAAUAUUCUCCAGGAGAGGGUGAAAGCGAAGAAGAAGGUGGUGGUCUUAGUCAAGCUCUCCCAUAUGUGUUAUUUCUUGUUUCUCCAGUUUUUAUUGUAUUAUUGAUGGCUGUACAGGGAGGAAGUAUUCAUUAAUUACAAACUUAUGACUUGUAAUGUAACCAUAUCUCCUUGUGGUUAUGGGGAUGAUACUCAUAUUCAUAUGUAUAUAUAUAUAUAUAUAAUAUUAUUCAUUCA